AUGGAUUACUGCUACCGAUGUAACAACAAAACCUACUGGGCUCCCGUCAACAGCACCACAUGCUACAGAAAGACAAUCUAUUUCCUCGCCUGGACUGACUGGUUUGCUAUUUUCCUCCUCCUCCUCUCUGCUUUUGGGGUUGUGCUGGUUUUGUCGAUUAGUGUAAUAUUUACUAAAUACCUGAAUACGCCGGUUGUAAAAGCAUCUGGAGGUCUAACUGUCUGCUAUAUUAUUCUUUUCAGCCACUUCUUAAUUUUUUUAAGCACCGUCUUCUUCAUAGAUGAACCCACAGAAUUCAAGUGUAAAACUAGGCAAGCCCUCUUUGGCAUAAGUUUUGCACUCUGCAUUUCAUGUAUUUUAAUAAAGUCAUUAAAAAUUUUACUAGCCUUCAGCUUUGAUCCCAAGCUGCAGAAUUUCCUGAAAUGCAUGUAAGCUGUGGUCACCUGCACUGGAAUUCAAGUUAUCAUUUGCACCUUCUGGCUAAUAUUUAGGACACCUUUUGUAAAGGAAAACUUCUCCAUCCCAAGAGCGAUAAUUCUGGAGUGCAAUGAGGGCUCUAUCGUGGCUUUUGGGAUUAUGUUGGGCUACAUCGCUGCCCUAGCCUUCAUUUGCUUCAUAUUUGCCUUUAAAGGUAGGAAGUUGCCAGAGAACUACAAUGAAGCAAAAUUCAUCACCUUUGGCAUGCUAAUUUACUUUAUAGCGUGGAUUGUAUUUAUCCCUGUUUAUGCAACUACAUUUGGCAAAUACCUGCCAGCAGUGGAAAUCAUCGUUGUUUUAAUAUCCAAUUAUGGAAUCCUCUGCUGCACUUUUCUUCCAAAGUGCUACAUCAUCAUUUACAAGCAAGAAACAAACACAAAAUCUGCCUUUCUCAAAAUGAUUUACACGUAUUCCUCCAAGAGUGCAGGCAGCAUUGCUGUUAGUCAGAUUUCUUUGGAUUCAAAGUCUUCCAGCUCUCGAGCUACUAUCUCAGACUCGUGUAAAGCUGAGAAAAAUGCUGUGAAUGGAAGCUGCCAUUUCCAAGUGCCUGGGCAGACACUAAUAAAAGGGGAAGUUCUUCAUAAAAAUACUGCAAGGACUAUGGCCAGGAAAAGACUCUCCAGCAUAUGA